AUGUUCAAAGCUGGAAAAAAUUCGUCAUUCGAAAUGGUGCAAUCCUUUUAUUCUGGCUCAGAUGUGGAAGCCAACAAAGCGAAUGCACCGUUUGUUGGUGGGAAUCCCACUUGGCUUCAUUUGGUCGUAUCGAUACAUGCGAUUUCGGCCCUUGGUUUAUGCGUCUUCAUGGUGUUGGGCUAUGUUGCUAGUAUCAUCCCAAUGGCACUUGUUGUUCUCUUCAUCUUCCAAACGUUUAUGGCUAUUCUUGGUCUUGCAGCAAUUGAACAAAAUCGUCAAGAUUAUCGUUCAUUAUAUGUAACUGUAAAUGCCGUAACUACCGGGUCAGCCAGUAUUUGGUCAGUUUUUCUCUUCAUAAGGAUGAAGGAGCACCUUAUAUAUGCACCUAUUGUACUUCUUAUCAUCGCGCUUUUCUCGCUGGUUGCAACAAUUUUGUUGAUAUUUUUCGCUGAUAAAAGAACACCGCAAUGUCUUGGAAAAGUGAUAUGUCUGGAUCUUUUCCCCUUUGUUAAAUUACUGCGUGACACAAGCAAAAUGUCGAAGACGACAAACACGAAAAGUGAACCUUUCGAGAUUAUGAAUUUGGUUAAACUUCAUUUUCACGUUGACCUUUAG